AUGCUUAGCCAGAGAGCUGGCAUCCUCGUAAUAGGGGUGCUUGCGACAGCCACCUUCUGGCUAUGCCGAAGGUAUUUCCAGCUGCGCGGCAUUCCGGGCCCAUUUACCGCGAGAAUCACCAAUCUGUGUCGCGUGCGGUGGGUUGGAAGUCGAAAAUCCCACGAGAUACACAGCAGAUUGCACGACCAGUAUGGAAGUGUAGGCGAUUUCUACCAAGUCUUCAAAAGUCCUGAUGAGCCACCGGAUGUCUUUACCGCUCAAAAUGAAGGAAUACACAAAAAUCUCAGAGCACCUGUGGCUCCUUAUUAUUCCUUCUCAAAAUUACAGAGCCUUGAGCGCGCGAUUGACAACAACAUAGACCGGCUUUUUCGCCAGUUGGACCGUGAAGACACCGAAGACAAAACAUCCCUCAUAACUUGGCUUCAAGCAUUUGCAUUCGAUACCGUAUGGGCAUGGAUGUUCACCAACCCGUAUGGCAUGUUGGAAAUGGGGUCGAUGGCGGCGAAGAAAACAUUGGAAUCCAAUUGGGAGAUUUUUCAGAUCAUUGGCCCGGUCACUGGUAUCAUCAAUGCCAUACUGACUGCUUUGAAAAUCGACUCUAUCCCUCAAUUGCAUAAACAUACAGUGUCGCUUAUCAAGUCUCGCGAAAAACAGUUUGAAUCUUCUUCCGAAGAGCUGAAUGCGUCAGAUAAUGUGGACAUGAUCACAACAUUGCUGCUCAUGAAAUCAAAGAAUUCCAUGAUACCGCCCUGGACAGUAUCCUCGCUUUCGUUGCUGAAUGUCUUUGCCGGAUCAGACUCCACGGCGGUCGUCAUGGGGACCAUGUGGCAUAACUUGCUUCUUCACAGAGACUCUAUGCAAUGUCUUUACAACGAACUGCUCCAGCAUGAGGCGCAGGGUUUGCUUACCCGGCCUGUUCCACAAUGGAAAGAAGUGCAGGGUCUCACCUAUCUGGAUGCUUGCCUAAACGAAGCCUUACGGCUACACCCUCCAUUCUGUCUUCCUUUUGAGCGAGUGGUGCCAGACACAGGCUUGUCAAUUGGCGAUUACUAUCUUCCUCCUGGUACGUUGGUGGGAAUGAGUCCGUACGUUGUCGGGCGCUACAAGCCAGCUUUUGGCCAGGACGCAGAUCAAUGGCGCCCGGAGCGAUGGCUUGAAUGUUCUCCACAGGAUCGCAGGAAGAUGGAAUCUAGUAUGAUCACAUUUGGCGCCGGAAGGAGAGUUUGUCUAGGCAAAAAUGUUGCCAUCAUGGAGAUCAAAAAGUUGAUCCCAGCGCUGGUGCUACGAUAUGAUAUCAAAUUGCUAGACCCAGCGGUCUUCAAAGUCGAAAAUUCAUGGUUCUUCAAGCAAGAGGGCUUGGAUGUUGAAAUGAAGAAACGUGAUGCAUCUGUUUGA